CGGGUCGAGAGCUGGCGGCGCCGCUCUCCCCUCCCAGCGAUCAUGCGCAGGCGAGAUCACGUGACAGGAGCAGUCACAUGACCGGCGGGGGGGUGCGCGGUGGACAACCCCCGUUUGUCUCCAUUGCUGGGUGGAGAGAAAGAGGCAUGCAGGAGGAGGAGGAGGAGGAAGACGAGGAAGGCUGGCUGAUAGACUCGUUGAGGCUGUACAAUGCCCUCCACACCUUUGAGCUUCAAGAGCCCACCCGGGUCAUCGAGUGGACGGGAGAAAAAACGGUCUGCGUGGCAGGAUACGGCAACCAAGAGCGGCAUGAAGUUCUCCAAUUGCUUUUGCCCCCCAGGCUGUGCGCGAAGGACAACCAGGGACUGUGUCCCGAAAGAGAUUUUAAGAUUGGAUGUGGUGGAUUUUCCGACCGCCCGACCUACAGCCUGAAGCAUGUCCCAGGAACCAGCUCGUUGGUGACCAGCGGGCCGCCGAACGGUUCCCUGCAGGUUUGGCGCCUGGAGCAGGACGACGCGGGUGUUAUUAAGCCCACUGGAACCAUCCAGACUGCAGGAGGGUAG